AUGGACCACCACCAACUAGGAGUUCAACAUUGUGCCGUUAAUAGAGUGCUAAUAUGAGCGUGGUCUUCUCUGCAGAAGAGGAGGACUCUCACCCAUGGAUGUAAAUAAUUUGGAGUCUGCUUUCAUGCUUAUUAAUGCUUGUUGGUAUUUGACUUGAUUUCUACUGAGAGAUUAUUUACCCUCUGAAGGAUCCGUUGGGACUCCUUGUCAGAUCAGUUCUUGGGUGGAGCUUGCAGCAAUGUGGGGUAAGUGCUGUGCUCUUCCUCUUUUGACGGCAGGGCUUUUUUUGUGCUGCGUUACUCAAAAUGGCUUGGUAAAGUCGCAGAAAGAAACAACUUGGCUCUUGAGUAGAGAAGUGAAGUGAAAGUUGAGCUGGCAAACAGAGAGUGCUCUCUGUGUUUCCUAGGGAUGCACAAAGUGGAUGCAUAUAUUAUAGGGUCUUUUUUUUUAGGACCAUUUUGCUCUUGCUUUUAAACCAGACAGUCUGUCUGUACAAGACUGACACUAAAUAACUCUCUCGAGUGCUGUGGAGAGAUGGAAACUGCAGCUGAGAAAUGAUUUUGGGGAAAGGAAGACAGAAAAGCACAAGCAAACUAUUAUGGAAUUACAAAUAGCCCUCUAAAGGAUCGGCAAAUGUACCAGCUAUGGAGUCUGGCUGUAGUCUCAGCAAGGGAGAUUUCUCUUCAGAGAAAACCUGUUAACCAUUUGGAGGGAGUACAUGUGAAUAAGACGGAGUUAUUAAAAAAAGCUCUGCUUCAGGUUUAGUCUCCCAGUGGGGAACGUCUUUGGUGAUCUGCAAGACCAUCUCUACUAGAAAUGGAUAACUUCACAAAUGGGCAGCCGGGCCCAGGUCAGAGGAACAGGUUGAUGGGAUUGCUAGAAACAGAUGACAGUAUCCAGGAUGAUAAACCUGCAUCUAGUAAAAGAGAAGAAAGAUCAGCGCUACGUGGAAAGAAAGGAGAGCCACGGCCCUUGGAGACACCUUAUCAGAAGGAGAGCAGUGACUUUCCUCCUAAAGUCAAGAUUAAUCUGAACUAUCGGCCAGGACUCGUCAGCAACCAAAAGGACCCCAAUCGCUUUGACAGAGACAGGCUCUUCAGCGCAGUCUCAAGGGGCAGCCCUGAGGCACUGGAUGGUUUACUUGAGUAUUUAAGGAGGACCUCCAAAUUUCUCACCAAUUCUGAAUACACAGAUGCAAAGACUGGGAAGACCUGCUUAAUGAAAGCUCUGUUGAACUUAAAAAAUGGAAAGAAUGACACAAUCCCACUUUUGCUGGAAAUAGACCAAAAGACACAGAAUCCCAGGCCACUUGUCAAUGUGACAUGCUCUGAUUGUUACUACAGAGGCCAGACAGCACUCCAUAUUGCCAUAGAGAAAAGGAGCCUAGAUUUAGUGAAACUUCUAGUAGAGAAUGGAGCUGAUGUCCAUGCCAGAGCCCAUGGUGAAUUCUUCAAGAAGAAGAAAGAAGGAGUUUACUUUUAUUUUGGUGAACUUCCCCUCUCCUUGGCUGCUUGUACCAACCAGCCUGAUGUGGUGGAAUAUCUUCUAAACAAUCCCCACCAGAAAGCCAGGCUCCAGGAGCAGGAUACACAGGGCAACACCGUCCUUCAUGCCCUGGUGAUGAUUGCAGAUGACACUGAGGAGAACACCAAGUUUGUGAGCACAACAUACGUUGAGAUCUUGAAGGCAGGUGUGAAGGUUGACCCAACGUGGAAACUGGAGGAGAUAGUGAAUUACGAUGGAUUAAAUCCUCUGCAGCUUGCUGCCAAGACAGGCAAAGUGGAGAUCUUCAAGCACAUCAUCCAAAGAGAGAUCAAAGACCCAGUGUACAGGCACCUGUCACGCAAGUUCACUGAAUGGACCUACGGACCUAUCCAUGUGUCUCUCUAUGACUUGUCCUCUAUAGACAGCUUUGAGGAAAAUUCUGUGCUGGAGAUUCUGGCAUACAGCAGUGACACACCGAAUCGGUACAAGAUGGUAGUUUUGGAGCCACUGAACAAACUACUUCAGCAAAAAUGGGAAACGUUUGCUUCCAAGAGAUUCUACUUCAGUUUUGUCUCAUACUUGUCAUUCAUGAUCAUCUUUACAGCCAUUGCGUACUAUCAACCCUUACGGGUAAAGCCUUCAUUUCCAGUGGAGUUCACGGCUGGAGGCUUCCUGUGGGUCUCUGGACUGAUCAUUAUCUUGCUAGGAGGCAUUUAUCUAAUCUUUGCUCAGAGUCUGUACCUGCGGAGGAGACGCCAGUCCCUGAAGACUAUGUGUUCUGACAGCUGCAUUGAGAUCUUGAUCUUCAUCCAGGCUUUCUCAUUGCUGCUGUCAGCAGUCCUGUAUGGUGCAAGUUCAGAAAACUAUGUGGCGGUGAUGGUGUUCUCCCUGCUUUUGGGAUGGGUGAACAUGCUGUAUUACACUCGGGGCUUUCAACGCACUGGGAUCUACAGUGUCAUGAUACAGAAGACUAUCCUGAGAGAUCUGCUGCGUUUCCUCUUGGUUUAUAUGAUCUUCCUCUUUGGCUUUGCUGCAGCUCUGGUUACGCUGAUGGGGGAAGCUCCUUCAGUCUCUCAGAACAAGUCUCUUGCUCAGAUGGAGAGCGCUGGGAGCCAUGCUAUGUACGGCGGGCUGCUUAGCGUCUCCCUGGAGCUCUUCAAGAUCACCAUUGGGAUGGGCGACCUGGAGUUCCAGGAACAUGCCAGAUUCAGAUACUUCGUCAUGCUCCUGCUGCUUCUCUUUGUGAUCCUCACUUACAUUCUUCUGCUCAACAUGCUGAUUGCGCUCAUGAGCGAGACUGUCACAGAUAUUUCUGGUUAUAGCAAAAGUGUCUGGAAGCUGCAGAGGGCUAUUGCUAUUCUAGAAAUAGAGAAGGCCUGGCUGUGGCGCCAAGGAGGGAAGAGGAGAUCUGGCUGCUUCAUGUCAGUGGGCCUCAAUAAGAAAGAUGAGAGAUGGUGUUUCAGAGUGGAGGAAAUUAAAUGGACAAAUUGGGCAAAGGAUGUGGGAGUUCUUAAGGAAGACCCUGGAAACACCAGUGAUUCAGAAAUAAAUCCGGAAGAGACAAGAUCAUGGAAACGGAUGCCACAGAAACAACUGAGACCAGCUGUUUCAGAGGAGCAGUCACUAUUGCAGCCCCAGCUAUCAGCAACGGAGAUGAUGCCUCUAGAGGGACAAACCAGAAAUCUUUAGCAGGUUUUCUGGAUUG